AUGCAUUAAUCUGUUCGCCUCGACCAAUCAAUCGAUCGUCUCGCUUGGGACCACCAGAUCAAACCUAAUCAUCCAUCCCUGCGGUACAGUACUAUGCCGGCGCUCGCCCUCACCCAAUCUACACGUGCAACCAAGCACGUGAUUCUAGCGUGCGUUUGGAAUGCCCAAAGAGCCCGGGCGAGCCCGAAGGAACGGCAGCAGGCAGGAGCAGUACAGCACACCAAUGCGGUGCGGUAUGCGGCUACAACACCCCUGAAACACCCUGCCCCGUCCCGGUACUGCUUUACUCUUCGUCUCUGCCAGUUCCUCCGUUCCUCCUCUCCUUCCCCUGCGACCGGAUAGAAGGUGCAUCCACGCUUUGCCCCGAUGCAUUCUAAUCUUCUUGUGAAACUGUGAAUGAACGAAAUCGGUUUUGUCGGCUUUUUCUUUCCCUUCUGUACCUUACCCUUCCCUGUAAUUCCCUACCUUAUAUGCCUGGCCCUUUUUCUCUCUCUCUCUCUCUCUCUCUCUCUCUCUCUCUUUCUCUCUCUUACUCCCAACCUUAUGCACCUUGGGUUGCAAUAAAGCAACAAUAAAAAACGGUUGUUCGAAAAGGAAAAAACAGAGAGAGAGAUAGAUAGAGAGCGAUAGAGAGACAAAGAGCGCGCAACGGGUGUGCUCUCGGGACCGUGCGUAACGCAUGCCGACGGGCUACGCUCCCGCGUUGGUGCGCGCGCGAAUGCCAGCUUCGGUGAGCACCCCGGGGGCCCGCAUAAAUUGUUCCGAUCCGGACGCACGAAGCUCAUUCGUGUGCCCUUCAUCGAGACCGACGGUUGCUGUUUGGACCGGGGAAAAUCCGGCACUGUUCGAAAGGUAGCUUCGUAAACCCUUUGGCCGCUAACCAAGCGUAUCAAACAUUCUACUUUGGUGGCGCGAUCGUGUGCGUUUCUUGCUCAAACAAACAAAAAAAGCCAUCAAGUGCAUUGGCAAGUGUGACACAGUGGCAGGCCGUUUGCUCGAGGAAGAAUAAAAGACAAUUUUUUCGUGCCUUCAAGCUAAUCUUGGAAGCGUAACGUUUCAUCGACAUUAAAGACAUUCUCGAAAGUUGAGCUCCAAGCAGGUGCGAGAGCAAUCGAUCUAUCGUGCAGUAAAAGAUCGACCAAAGCGCAGUGACAGUUGAACGGUACAGAAAUGGCGCACAAACUAAUAUCGUGUAGUGCCUGUGUGCUGGUGGCGCUUUUCGUGCUGAGUGCAGUGAACGUAUCAAGGCAGGCGUCGCUUUCGCUACGGGUCCUGUCACGUGGUGAGCGAUCCGUGUUUAACCAAACGCACAGCAACAAGACGUGCGAAGGUAACACACCUUGUGGAUGGGCAGUGUACACGCCCGCAACAAGGGCGAUCGAUAGCUUCAUGAAAAAUACGUGUGACUGCGAGAAGUUGAAGCAGUGCGUCCGAACGGACGACGAUGUCUCGAUCAGUGCGUACGUCUACCGCUGCCGGGAGCAUCCGGCCAAGGCAAAGUCCGUGCCCGCGUCCUGAGCUGGUAAAAGCGAUCCGAUCGUGUGCUUCGAAUGUCCACCGGUCGGCCAACGGCCAACACGCCGCAGGUUUGCUGGCCCGUGCCACCCCUGGACGCAUGCGGGAGUGUGUAUGCAAACUGUGUAAUUACUUGUAACACCACCUAAAUGCACUAACCAUACUAUUAUUAUACACACACACACACACACUCACCCACAUAAAUAUCUUUAUAAAAGUUUAAAUGCUGAUUUCAAUAGUGGAGAAAGCAAACGAAAUCCAGGAAAGCUGAAAAAACACACCCAUCCAGCGAGAGAAGGAGAGCGAAAGCGAAAGAGUUUGAUGGUUAAAAUAUUUAAAAAUUAUUUAUAUUUGCUUGUUUAAUCGUUUAUCUCUUCAGAAAACAAAAACCAAAUCUACGACUCAUUGUUGCGUAUCUGAUAUGUCUAAUGUUCUUUUCUUUUUAAACAUUCACCCCAAUCAGCACGUCCUGUUAGCAUUUUAUGAACAUGGUUUUUUUUAACUAUUAUUAUUAUUAUAUUAUACUUUCUUUAUCGGUUAAGCUUAGAAGUUAGAGGCCUAAAAUAUGCUCACUUCGGUAGCUCACCUCGGAGAGAGCUUGGGUGGUAGAUAGUAAAUCCGUAAAGGUCCUUCCCAACUCAUACACAGCCAACACAAAUAUGCUUGUAGAAAACGACGUCAUAUUGACGUUGUAUAUCUACCCCGCCAGUUCCGGUUCCAGUUACAUCUCUGUUCCGAUACGUCUCAUACCGAAAAAGAAAAGAAAGUAAAACACAUUUGAUGCUCUGCACUCCGAACCUCCGAAGCUCUCUCCGAAAUGUGACUCAGAAGAACGUUUAAAAUAGAAGAAAAACACUGUAGAAGUAGAGGAGCGAAACAAAAGUUGCUAAAUAGCAUCGGAGAAGCGGUAGCGUUAGCAGUACGGUGGUCCGUGGUUAUAACAAAGGACGUUAAAUAAAACCUCCCAAUCUUUGGAAAAGACUUGAUUAACUAUAUACAUAUGUAUGCGAUCGUCAAGGGGAAAGUAAAGAAAAGGAAAUGCCUGCAGGGCACGAUCGUCCGACGAAGAAUGCGCACAAGCAAACACUCCCACAUUGACGUACGAUUAAUGUAAACAUAUUUUAAAAAUCAAACCCUCCCCCGUAAAAACACAACACAAAACAUGCAAAACUCUUGAAAACUCUUUCUAUAAGCUCGCUCCAAAGAGGAGCACAACGAAAAAACAGAUAGGAAAAGCAUGGCACGCCCAAAAAGACUCUACCCACUUCAUAGCGUACUUCCCCUAAUCCACGUGAUCCCCGUACCGAUCGGUCAGUUCAGCUCCCACUUUACUAUGUUUCUGUUGUCUUGAAAAAGUUUCACUCGUACUUAAGGAAAACGGUGCAAAUUAAUUAAUGAUAAGCACGCUACGAAAUGAUCAUAGUUUCGCUCAGUUUCACCAACCAGCCUUCAGGAAAACAAUAUUAGUGUAACAACACACAAACACCCAUACAUAAACAUCCGUAUCGCUUACAUACACAUACAGUAUUGAAACAUUUUUUCAACCAUUAAAAGAAGAAACAAAACACAACAAGCAAAACCAUAAUUACGUAUAAUAAAGAAACAUACAACAGUUCGUAUUGCUACUCAAGAUAAGUGUUUUGCUCAGAACCGGUAUGCAACGAUCAGCACGAUCACUAAACGCUAGGCAGUAGUAGGACAGUAUCCACUUCUAGGGGUCGAUUACUAAUUGUGAAGAAGUAUCAAAAUGAUGAAAUAAACAGACCUAAUCAGAAGCAGCUCUA